AUGAUAGAUCACCUCCUUGGAAGGCCCUCCCCUUCCUGGAAACGAUUUCAAGUGUUUCUCGUUUCACUUACCUGGUUCUUUGUUUUAUUUAAAAUCGAUCGUCGAGGACCAAGAUUUCUUCAUAUAUGGAAUGAAAAGUUCUCUCGAUUUUCUCCAUUUCAACUGGUGGCUGGAACUCUCGCUGUAUUAUACAUUUUGAAAAAUGCCGAUCGUAUGAUAGGACUUGGAGCUCCUGAACCACUUGCACGACUAUAUAGUCGAAAUUAUUAUCGAGCCACGUGGAUUCUUACUGCAUUAGAUGCUGGUUUUUGGACUGCAAUGCCAAUUCGUCCAAAACUGUUUCGAGAUAUAAUGAGUAUUCUUUUUUCGAUUUAUUAUCUAAUAUUUGCUGACCAAGCGGACGAAAAGACUAGACGAGUACGUGCUACAGUUACUGUUGAGCAGCUUCGUACAUCAUGGGAAAAAACUCUUAACCCUUACUUACGUGCGUUAAUAAGGUGUACACAUCCACGUUUAACUAUUCAUCAAAAGAAAGUUUCGAUUCCUCGACCAGAAAAUAGUCAAUAUUCAAAACUGGUCACUGGUUAUAUAUAUUAUGAAGGUCCUCUAGAAUCGUUCAAAUAUUGUGAUAACUUGAUACUUAACUAUCCUGGUGGUGGUUUCAUUGCAAUGCCUCCUCCAUGUCAUGAAGAUUAUUUAGCUCAUUGGGCUAAAAAGACUCAAGUACCUAUCCUAAGUAUUGACUAUGGGAAAGCCCCCGAAUAUCCUUAUCCUUAUGCUUUAGAUGAAUGUUUUGAUGUUUAUCGAAGUAUAAUUGAAAGUAAUGGUGAAGUAAUUGGAAUGGCUGGUUGGAAAAAUAAAGAUGGUAGUAAGAGAAAACAAAUAAAAAUGACUUUGGUUGGCGACUCUGCUGGAGGGAAUCUUGUUGCGUCAGUCAUGUAUAAAAUUCUUGAAUAUCAAAUGCCCAUUCCCCAUCCCAAUGGUUUGAUUCUCAUCUAUCCCGUGCUUAAUUUUGAUAUUACUUGCUGGAUGCCACCAUCUCAGCUAUCGGUUAUUAGAGCCGAAUCUACGACUUCGAUUCCCGGUGUACUCGAAUCCAAAGAUCACCUGAGUCACAAAAGUCCUUUAGCUGUGGUUCCUGAUGUUAAGAAAAGAAGAUGGAGAAAGAGUUUUUCUGGAUCUAGGGAAGAUGAAAGAACGAUAGAAGAACGUGUUCGAGUGAUUGAAGGUCAUAAUGUUCCUAAACAUGAAAAACGUCUUCGUCCGGUUAUUGGAACUCGUUUAACAAUGACCAGUCGUAUGAGUUUUUUUAAUGACAGAAUCCUUAAUGCUGAUUUGGUAAAGCAUAAUUACUAA